AUAUCAAAACCUCAUCACAACGUUGGAGAGAAAGUGGCUCAGACAUUGCCUUCAAGUUAAAGUUGCCUUUAAUUUGAAUUACAAGAUUUUAUAAGAAAUAUAAGAAAUGUCACCACAAAUCUCGAAUUUACACGAAGAGUACCAAAGAUGUAUUGGUAAUAACAGAAGUGAUGAAAUUGCAAUCAGUAUCCGAGUUCCGUACCAACAGCACAAUCAAAGACAUCUUCUCAAGAGUUCACCUCAUAUGAGGCAGAACUCGACGCCUCAGAUGAGACGUCAACAGGCCUUUGAUGUGCCGACCACUCAAACACCACUGACCCGUACAGCUAUGUCCACCGUUUGGCUCUCACCUAACAAUUCAUUUGAGUCAAACACUACAACAUCUCAUUCAAUGCAAAAGUUAAGACAACAGCAGUGGACUAAACAACAGUCUAGUGUUAACUCUUCCAACCAUUCAAACGGUGAUAUCCGUAGUCAUCCAACAAAUAAUAGGUCCCGAAAAAGCUCUAUAUUUGAACUCAAAGAAAAUGCCAGAAGAAAAUUCAGUUUAAUUCCUCAAGUACUAUCAUUGGGUGCCGAUAUAUUACCAGAUUAUAAGUUUGAAUCGGGAGACGCAUCACCAACUAUUGGCCAUCAUUUGAACGGUCAAAAUGUGUUAUCUCAGCAAAAGUGGACAAUUUUACAUUACUCUCCCUUUAAGGCCAUAUGGGACUGGGUCAUUUUAYUACUUGUCAUAUAUACAGCUAUAUUUACUCCAUAUUCAGCCGCAUUUCUCUUAAAUAAUAAGACUGUUGUUACUGAUAACAGAAUCAUUAAUAAUCAAAAUUCAGUUAAGGACCAAAACAAUAGUAAUAAAGAGGAAACCUUUUGGGUUAAGGAGGAUAAGCAAUACGGCGACGACCCUCUUAUGGUUGUCGACCUCCUCGUCGAUGUAAUGUUUAUUGUUGACAUUCUCAUCAAUUUUAGGACAACUUUUGUUAAUAAAAAUGAUGAGAUUGUGUCACAUCCAGGAAAGAUAGCAUUGAAUUAUCUGAAGGGAUGGUUCCUCAUAGAUGUUGUCGCUGCCAUUCCCUUUGAUCUUUUGCUCUUUGGUUCUCAAAACGAUGAGACCACAACAUUGAUAGGUUUGCUCAAAACGGCGCGUUUAUUGCGUUUGGUUCGUGUGGCCCGAAAAAUAGAUAGAUAUUCUGAAUACGGGGCAGCGGUUCUCAUAUUACUUGUCGCUGCUUUUGCAUUGGUAGCGCAUUGGUUAGCUUGCAUUUGGUAUGCAAUAGGAAAUGCUGAGAGACCGGUAUUAGAUUCAAAGAUAGGUUGGUUGGAUCACUUAGCAAACUCAACAUAUCAAUACUACAAUUCAGAUGGUUCUGGAGGACCAACAAUAAAAUCUCGAUACAUAACAGCCUUAUAUUUUACAUUUUCGUCGCUCACUUCUGUAGGAUUUGGAAAUGUGUCGCCGACGACAAACACUGAAAAGAUAUUUUGUAUAUUAGUUAUGUUAACCGGAUCUUUAAUGUAUGCAUCAAUAUUUGGAAACGUGUCGGCAAUAAUCCAAAGACUAUAUUCAGGGACAGCAAGAUAUCACACACAACUACUACGGGUUCGGGAAUUCAUACGUUUUCAUCAAAUCCCGGAUCCUUUAAGACAACGACUUGAAGAAUACUUUCAACACGCGUGGGCUUACAGUAAUGGCAUUGACAUGAAUAUGGUGUUAAAAGGAUUUCCUGAAUGUCUUCAGGCAGACAUCUGUUUGCAUUUGAAUAGAAAUCUAUUGGAAAAUUGUUCGGCUUUUAAAGACGCAUCUCAGGGAUGUUUAAGAGCUCUAUCAAUGAAAUUUAAAACAACUCACGCGCCUCCGGGGGAUACUCUCGUUCAUAAAGGAGAUGUUUUGGUCUCUUUAUAUUUCAUAGCUCGGGGAACAAUUGAAAUAUUAAAUGGAGAUAAUGUGGUAGCAAUUUUAGGAAAAGAUGAUAUAUUUGGUGAAAACCCAUUAGAGAACCCGACAAUCGGUAAAUCAAUGGCCAAUGUUAGGGCACUGACAUAUUGUGAUCUCCAUAAGAUAACGCGAUCCGAUUUACUUCAUGUACUGGAAAUGUAUCCCGAAUUCAUUGCUUCAUUUAAUGGUAAUUUAGUUUUGACAUUCAAUUUAAGAGAUGAGAACCAACAGGGAUUGCCAGACAUCUCAAUCAAGAAGCCAUCGAAACGCAAAUUUCAGGACUGCUUCUCAUCGCCGCCUAAUGAAGAACUUUCUGAAGAAGUUUCGGCACAAACUGAUGACAAUAGAUUAGGUCAGUCAUCAUUUGUGACUCCACUGGUGUUUAAUUCAUUUGACGGCGACGAUGAUGAUGACGAUUGCGCCCAACUUUACUACAAAAAUAUUAAAGAAAAUAAUUGUAAGCGAAGAUAUUCAGGAACUGGUAUUCUUGAGUUUUCACCACAAAAAGCAGGACUCGAUGUGACGCCCGCUAACUAUGACUUCUUGACUAAACCAGUCAGAGCCAGAAGCGAGACAUUAAAUUCAUUGUCAGGAGUGGUCGAUCAAUUAAAAAGAAGUUUUACUGAUUUAACAUUUGGUGCUUUGUCAACGAUAUCAUCGAAACAAAACAAAAUCAGUUCAUCACAUGAAAGACUUCGUCGAAACCGAAAUCCUUUGAAACAUCAAUAUUGCAGUCAAAUCAACGAUCCGUUGGAAACAAUGGAUACGAGUAUUUCGGAAACAGUUCUUCAAAAUACUGUCUAUAAAAUGGAGUCAAUUAAUGAAUUGGUCAGAGAGUCUGCAAAUACAGAUAAUAACUCCAAUGAUAUAAAUAAUGAUAAUUCAAUCGAUAAGAAGAUCGAUAACUUAUCAAAACGUAUUGAUAUAUUUGAAGAGAGAUUAAAUCAUUGUCUAAAUGAAGUAAUGGAUUGUAUGAAAGUCAUAACAAUUCAAAGUCAAAUGAGUGCUAAACGUGCGGAUCAAAUGACAUCAAAGAGUUGUUGCGACGAAUAUUUGUGUUUAUGCUGUGAUAAUAACUCAAAGUCAGACAAAGACAAAUGCAAUCAAAACUUUGUCUCUCCUUUGAGUCGAACCCAAAGUCUUCAGUCGACAACAUUUCCGAUACCUAUUAAUAGAACUCUUUUAAGAAAUACCAAAAGCCUUAUGGAAACCAUGUAUGAAGUGUCCGGUCCUAACAUUAUCAUUGAUACUAAUGUCGACACAUUUGAUAAUUCAGUUGAUUUUGAUAAUACAUUAGAAUAUGUGUCAAGUCUUGAAAACACACUUGAUGUCGACCAAGACAUUGAUCCAUCGCAAGUGAUUUGCAGCAAUCAGUCAGAACCGGUACAACCAUUACAACAGCCACUACAACCCCAACUAAAUCGUGCUCUUAGUCUUCAAAAUUGUUUGACUCUUACUAAAGUAAACAUAUGUAGCGAUACUUACGAGUCGUGUUCAUCGGCACCACUUCACGACAUCAAUCCUUAUAUCGAUUCAAAUACAUUACAAACUACACACAAAUCGUUUCCUAAUCUCAAGCAAAGUAAUACAAAUAAAGAUAAACAGCGAUCCUCUCAAAGUGAUAACAAUAUUGUUUGGAUGCAAUCAUAAACCAAAACUCAUUCACUCAAAUA